GCUUCAUUCCUUCUGCUCUUGUUUUUGCUUGAUUCCCGGUUGCUUCUCGUAGAUAUUGCUAGCUACUGGUAAAUUAAAAUCGAUGAGCCAUCGUUAGGUGAGUCAUUGAAAGCAGCUUGACAUCCCCUUUGUUCCUGCAGUUGUCUGAGUUCUGUCCACUCAAAGUGAUACACAAACAGAGACCCAAACAAGGGAUCGAUGGCGCCUGCGGUAACCGCUGCGCUAGGCGCGAUGGGUCCCUUGCUGGGGAAGCUCGCCGAGUUGCUCGCCAAUGAGUGUGGCCGUCUCAAAAGGGUCCGCCGUGAGAUCCGCUCCCUCCGGACAGAGUUUACCAGUAUGCAUGCUGCUCUUCAGAGGUACGCCAAGCUAGAGGACCCUGAUGACCAGGUGAAACAAUGGGUAUCGCUGGUGAGGGAGUUGGCCUAUGAUACCGAGGAUGUUUUCGACAAGUUCAUUCGCCACCUAGGCAACGGCGAGAGUCAUGAUGGUGGCUUCAAGGAGUACUUCCGCAAGACUGCUCGGCGUCUAAAGACGCUUGGAGCUCGGCGUCAGAUUGCUAUCCAAAUCGACGACCUGAAGCUUCGUAUCAAGGAAGUGAAAGAGCUCAAGACCAGCUACAAGCUGGAUGAUGUUCCUUCUAGCACCUCGGCCCAUGCGACCGUGGAUCCCCGGCUGGCCGCUCUUUUUGCCGAGGAGGCACACCUUGUUGGCAUUGAUGGUCCAAGAGACGAGCUUGCCAAGUGGAUGCUGGAAGAAGAGAACAAGCAUCGUCGCAGGGUCUUGUCGAUUGUUGGGUUUGGUGGAUUGGGAAAGACAACACUGGCGAAUGAAGUCUACCUCAAGAUUAAAGGGCAUUUUGAUUGUCAUGCAUUUGUGUCAGUCUCGCAAAAGCCAGAUACAAAGAAAAUCAUCAAGGAUUUGAUCUCACAGGUGUCCCGCAAGGCUGAAUUCACAAAAGAUAUGGAGAGCUGGGAUGAAAAGAAAUCCAUUCAAAAGCUAAGAGAACUAUUACAAGAUAAAAGGUAUCUUGUCAUCAUUGAUGAUAUAUGGUCUAUAUUAGCAUGGAACGCAAUCAAUUGUGCUUUUCCAGAGAAUAAUUCUUCAAGCAGAAUUAUAACUACAACACGCAUAUUGGAAGUAGCAAGGUCUUCUUGUCCAAAUCAUGCUGACCAGAUCUAUGAAGUGACACCUCUAAGUGAUCUCCUCUCUGAAAGACUAUUUUGUAACAGAAUCUUUGGCUCAGAAGAGCGUUGCCCUGAUAUGCUUAUUGAUGUUUCAAAUACCAUCUUGAAAAAGUGUGGCGGACUGCCAUUGGCAAUUAUCAGUAUAUCUGGAUUACUAGCUAACAAACCACGCGUCAAAGAAGAGUGGGAGAAGGUGAAAAGAUCAAUUGGUUCUGACUUGACCAAAAACCAAAGUCUAGAGGGAAUGAAAAACAUACUGUCCUUGAGCUAUAAUGAUCUUCCACCCAACCUCAAGACUGUCUUGUUGCACUUAAGUAAUUUCCCCGAGGAUUAUGUGAUUGACAGAGAAAGGUUGGUAAGGCAAUGGAUUGCGGAAGGUUUUAUUCCUGAAGAGCGUGGGAGGUGCUGUCAAGAGGUUGCAGAAAGUUUCUUUUACGAGCUUAUCAAUAAAAGCCUGGUCCAACCAGUGGACAUUGGUUAUGACGGGAUGGUACGUGCCUGCCGAGUUCAUGACAUGAUGCUAGAACUUAUCAUUUCAAAAUCCAUUGAAGAAAAUUUCAUCACUGUGGUGAACGGAAGUCAAACUUUUUGGGGAAAUUCUCAGUGUUCUAUUCGACGUUUAUCAAUCCAGGACAUGGACCAGGAGCUUGCAUCUGAAUUGGCAAAGAAAGAUCUAAGCCAUGUCCGAUCUCUUCUAAUAACAUCACCAGGAUGCAUCAAGCACUUGCCCAGUCUUACUAAGUUUGAAACGUUACGUGUACUUGACUUUGAGGAUUGUAAGGGCCUUACGGAGUAUGAUAUGAAUGGUAUAGAAAACCUGUUCCAGCUAAAGUACCUAAGCUUUAGGAGAACGGACAUAUCGGAGGUGAAAUCUGGAAUUGUGAUGCUACAUGAUCUAGUGACGCUGGAUUUAAGGAGUACAAAAAUCAGAGACUUGCCGGCUAGAAUUAUUCUGCUCACUAAACUACAACAUCUGCUCACUGAAAACGUAUUUUGGGUGCAUGAUGUAGUGAUACCAGUUGGGAUUGAGAAUAUGGCAAACUUAACGGAGAUCUCAGGCUUUGAUAUUACCACGAGUUCAGUAGGUGCAGUGAAGGAGUUAGGGAGCCUGAUCAAUUUGAAGGUACUCCGUGUAAAUUACACGGUGAAAGGUGCAAAAUCUCAAGAGUACAAGAGUCAUGCAGAGAUGUUUCAUUCCUCACUAUGCAAGCUUGGCAGCUACAAACUCCAUUCCUUGUGGAUAAAUGGUGGUAAUUGUUCUCUAUUCGAGUUAAUAGAUUCUUGGUCUCCUCUUCCAUCUUGCCUCCAAAGAUUUGAGAUGGGCACUAAGUACUGUUUAUCAAAACUGCCAAAGUGGGUUACUCCAGCGCUCACCAGUCUUGCAAACUUAGACAUUAAUAUAAGUGUAAUAACAAAGGAGGUUCUUGACAUACUAGGAGAGCUGCCUGCAUUACUUUCUCUGAAACUUUGUACCAACACGGUCCAUAAACACAGGCUUGAUUUGCCAGGCAGAGGAUUCCGAUGUUUGAAGCAGUUCUUUUAUAGCCCUUUUGGAGGUCCGGGGACCCUUCGGUUGAACAAAGGGGCAUUGCCAAAGCUUGAAAAGCUUAAGCUGUGGAUCUCUGUAUUGGGAAGUACUGGCUACUCUUGGUACAAUUUAGGUAUUAAGCACCUCCCAUGUCUGAAAGAUGUACACGUUAUUCUUCUGAAGCAGAAUGCUAUAUCUUCUGAUGUAGAGGCUGCAAAAGUUUCCAUAAGGAAGGAAGCAAAUCUCCAUCCCAACCGUCCAAGGUUACUUUUUACAUGA